CUUCGACCAAAAUGGUGACGAUGAAGCUCUCCUUCUCUCCUCAGGAUGCAAGGCGAAGAGCACCUGCACGAGGAAGAAGGGAUCCUGCACGACGAACUCCUGCCGGAAAGGAGAGAGGGAGAUUUACGGAGGCUGCGAGGGUCAAGCAUGUCACUGCUGCGCUCCUGCCAAGAGAAAAUGCAAACCCAGGGAGAACUGUACGAAGAAAGGCAGAUACUGUACGAAGCGAAAAUGCAAGAACAACGAAAGGGAAAUUAGACGUGGAUGCAAAGGGAAGAAGUGCCGCUGUUGCGCGCCUGAACGAGAUUGCAAAGCCAAGAAAAUAUGCAAGGAGUACCAGGGCUCUUGCUCGAAGGCCUCUUGCACCAGCUACGAGAGGGAAAUCUAUGGGGGUUGCAAAGGCCGUCGGUGUCAUUGCUGCGCCCCUGAGGAAGGUUGCGAGAUCGAGAGCAUAUGCAAGGAGAACAUGGGCUCAUGUACAAAGAACUAUUGCAAGAGCUACGAGAGGGAAAUAUAUGGGGGUUGCAAGGGCCUUCAAUGCCAUUGCUGCGUCCUCGAUACAGGAUCAGAUGAAAGGUCUGGUCCUGAAGUUUUCUUAUUUUGUAGCUAUCCAUGCCCUUAACUGA